GGCAACCUUCGAUAUCUCUCCAUCGACACAGCCACACCUCCAGGAGCCAACAAGCAAAAAAGACAACUUGAUUUUAACUUCGUCAUGUCUAGCAUCACGACCAUUAGCAGCGGCAUGGAGGAGUCGCUUGAUGUAGAUGGUUUCGUCGACACGAGGCUGUCCCUCUCCCUCGUCAUCGGCGCCGGGAUCCGACCAGCACCGCCGGUGCAGGCGCUGCUGCCAGCAUCGCCGCCACCUGGAAAUGAAGCGACGGCGGCGGCUAGUAAGAGGAAGGGACCAGAGAGCGGUAGAGAUGGUUCCACUGCUACGACAGGGCAACAUGGCAAGAAGGCCAGGAGAGUGCUUGGCGACAGCUGCGUCGACGACGACGGAGGUGUCGCGGCCGACAGCGGCGCGAGGAAGAAGCUCCAGCUCACGGCGGACCAGGCGGCGGUAAUGGAGAAAAGCUUCCGCGCCCACAACGUCCUGUCUCAUGGUGAGAAGCACGAUCUGGCGCGGGAGCUCGGGCUGAAGCCGAGGCAGGUGGAGGUGUGGUUCCAGAACAGGAGGGCGCGGACCAAGCUGAAGCAGACGGAGCUCGACUGCGAGCUGUUGCGCCGCUGGUGCGAGCGUCUCGGCGACGAGAACGAGCGGCUCCGGCGAGAACUCGCCGAGCUGCGCUCAUCCUCGUCGUCGUCGGCCUUCUUGUCCAGGCUCACGGCCGCUGUGAGGGUCAACGAAGCGUGCCCGUCCUGCAAUAAGCUUGCCGCAACCGGGUCCGGGUGUCGUCCUAAUAGCCGAUGUUGAUCACUAUCGUAGAAGUGAUUUCUCGUUUGUUUUAGCAAAAUCGUUUGUUAGUUAUAGGACAAGAGAUCAUACAUGACUAUAUAGUGUAGUAGGGACUUUGGGUAAACUUCAUGUUCACCUGGGUGUUUGAAGAUUGAUAUGGAUAUUUGAUUCCUCUAUGGAUUUGCAAUGCCGACCGGACGAUGAUGUUGAGCGAAAAAAAAACGGCUAAGUUGUU